AUGGACACAACUAUUUUAGAAGCAAUCAAACAACUUCCUCCAAAAUAAUAACCAACAGCCGUUGCAAUCUAGCAUCAUCUUAACAAAUGGGCAGAUUCAGAGAAACAAGUUUCCAAGAAAGUACGACAACUCUAGACAGAGUAUUUGAGAAGUGUGAUUCCUUUAUAAAAUGAAAUUAAUGCCAUCAUCAAAGGUCUCAGAGCUCCUACAGAAGAUGAAAUUAAAGAUGCAAAUACAUACUAAAUAGAAGUCAAGGAUAUCUAAGCAUCACCACUCUAAAAUUAUUGGGGACAAGUUUUGAUGAAUAAUAGUUUGACAGGAAAAUUAAUCUCAGAAGCAGACAAAGAAAUCUUUAAACAUUUACAAUCAGUGAAUGUUGAAUUAGGAGAAAAUGGCAAAGAUUUCACAUUGAAAUUUGAGUUUGGAGAUAAUGAUCAUUUUGAGGCAUGCAUCUUAACUAAAGCAUAUGUUUUCGAAGACUCUGAUGAUGAAUUGCCUACUAAAUAAAAGGGAUCACAAAUUAAAUGGAAGGAAGGUAAAAACAUCACCAAGAAGAUUGUUAAACGCAAGUAAAAAAAUAAGAAAACUGGAUAAACUAGAGAUAUUGAAAAGGAAGAAAAAGCCCCAACCUUUUUCCAUUUCUUUGAAGAAGUGGAUUCAAUUAACAACGAAGAUGAAAAAAUUGAGAGACAACAAUUUGACUAUGAAUUGGGAUCUUAAUUUGUCAAUUAAAUCAUUCCUAAAGCUUUAUUCACCUAUUUAGGAUUAAAGGUUGAUGAUGAGGAUGAUGACUUUGAAGGAGAUGAAGAUGAAUCUGAAGAAGAGGAGGACUCUUUAGAAGAUGAUUGA